AUGACUAUUGGAAGCGGUUUUCCCAUCGGCUACUUUUACAUCAUCUCCAACCUUAACGGCAUGGUCGUUGAUGUUGAGGAUCCCGAGAAUGCUCAUGAUGGCUCCAAGAUUGUGAUGGCCCCCAAAAAAGAAGAGUCGCCCGAGCGUGAUAGCCAGUUGUUUAUUCACCAGAACGGCUUCUUGACCAACAAGUUGACUGGCUUGGUUCUCGACAUUGAUAGCUCUGGCACCUUUAUGGGCAUCUUCACUGGCGAGAAGCACUUGUUCUUGGAUCAAAUGAAGGAGGCUGAUAAGGCUGAUGACCAGCGUUUCGGCUAUGACAUUGAGCAUGGUUUCAUUUACACCUUGAGCGACCCUGAAACCGUAUACGACAUCAAGGGCGCUGACAAGGAUGAAAAGAGCCGCGUCAUUGUGUACAAGCGUAAGGACUUGAGCGAUGCCAAGAACCAAUCUUGGACUAUUGAACUUGGUGACCCACCCAAGGCUGUUGAUGAGGAUGAUGAAGAGGAAGAUGAUACCAAGCGUGCUCGUUUCCGUGCAUGGUUUGGCAGCUGGUUCGGUUGGGGACAUAACAAGAAUGACAUGCUCGAUGAACGUGAUCUUACCGAAGCCCACGAAAAGGUAUACAAGAAGAAGAAGGCUAAGCUCAGCUACGAGUUGAUGGCUGGUGCCGCUGCCUUUGCAGCUGUGCAAAUGUGGGAAAAGAAGAAGGAAGAGGAUGGUGAGGAAAUGGAACACGCUACCAUCAAGAAGCUUGUUGCUGGUUUUGCUGCCGCUGAGAUCUCCAAGUUGAUCCAAGAACGUGGCACUGAUGAUGACGACGAUGAUGAGGAGAAGAAGCAAAAGAAGGUUGGCAUGAUGCAAAAGAUGGCCAUGUCGGCUGCCACCAACUACUUUGAAAAGAAGUACCUUUAA